CUGUUCUGGCCAUGUAUACCUGUCCGCUUUAGCCAAUUCCCACCGUAAGUAACAGCCUGAUUGGAGAAGCUUCUUAUUGUUGAAUCGAGUGCCACAGGAAGCUUUCAGUGCACCUAGAUCUGGGCCUACCCUCGCAAAGCCCGCACACGCACAUGCCAUCUUCAAUGGGUGAAACUUACGAACCGGACGCCGCCAAACAAUCUUCACCCGUCAAGCCACUGCUCCGGGAGGCCGAGAAGCAGCAGGAUCACCCACCAGAAGCGUCGCCCAUUGCCUCUUACGCCGAUACCCCGCUUGAGAUUCAUGACGGCCUCAUCCUCGAUGGCCUGGGCCGCAACGUCCUCCUUCGUGGUAUCAACCUCAGCGGAGCUUCAAAAAUGCCUUUCAAGCCCUACAUCACAACGCAUACAACCGAAGGCUUCUUUGAUCAUCGGAACGUCAGCUUUGUUGGGAGGCCGUUUCCUUUAGAAGACGCGGACGAGCACUUUGGAAGGCUAGCUGCGUGGGGCUUCAUGUUCCUCAGGUUUAUUGUCACCUGGGAAGCCAUUGAGCACAAAGGCCCCGGAGAAUAUGACGAGGAGUAUUUCGAUUAUCUGGUGGCAGUGCUCCGGAAAGCAAAAGAGUAUCGAUUCAAAUGCUUGAUUGAUCCUCAUCAGGAUGUAUGGUCCCGUUUUACGGGCGGAAGUGGCGCACCGGGAUGGACAUUGGAGCUUGCAGGAUUCGAAUUGGAGAAUCUUGCGCCCUCGGGAGCCUGCAUUUCGCAAAACACGUAUCCAGAUGUCACCGCCGUUCCGCGCAUGAUAUGGUCAACCAAUUACAACAAGCUUGCAGCAGCGACCAUGUUCACUCUCUUCUUCGCCGGGAAGACGUUUGCGCCAAAAUGUUUAGUCGACGGAGAGAACAUCCAGACGUAUCUCCAGCGGCAUUACUUCCAGUCGUAUGUUGUUUUAGCGGAACGAUUGAAGUCAGAAGGAGAUUUGUUAGACAAUGUUGUUGUCGGAUACGACACGCUGAACGAACCAGCCUGUGGAUACAUCGGCAUUGCGCAUUGUGGCAAAGUGCCAAGAGAAUGGGAACUCAAGCUGGGCCCAACGCCCUCGCCCUUUGAGGGUAUGCUCGCAGGCAACGGCGCAACCGUCACAGUAGCCGACUGUGACUUCAAAUGGAAUGGCCCGGGGAAGGUUGGCUCAGUUACGAUAAACGAGUCCAAAGUGCGGGCAUGGCGGGAAGGGAAAACCUGCAUUUGGGCCGAUCAUGGCGUUUGGGACCCCGAGACAGGGAAGCUUCUGCGACCAGACUACUUUGCACGCGAUCCAGUCAGCGGCGAUAUCAUUGACGACUGGACCCUGACGUUCUGGAAACCCUUCGUCCGCGACUUUACGAAAGCAUUACGAGGGGCCCACCCAUCAGCCAUCAUUUUCCUUGACCCACCGGUCAAUCACCGACCACCUCCCUUCGAUUGGGAGGGUGCGGAUAGCGAUAUCGCCGGCCGAUUCAUAAAUGCGCCCCACUGGUACGAUGGGAUGACCCUCAUCAAAAAGAGCUUCACGAGCUUUUUCACCCUCGAUUACGUCGGUUGGAAGUUUGGGAUGUACAAGACGCUGCUAUCCUCUCUCAGUUUUGGUUAUAACGGUAUCCGCAAAAAUUUUGCCCUGCAACUCUCGUGGAUCAAGAAGGCGACGACGGAGAGGCUUGGGGAUCAGAUACCCACUCUCAUUGGCGAGUUUGGUAUUCCAUUCGACCUCAACAACCGCGUCGCUUAUAUCACGGGAGAUUAUAAAAAUCAUCACUUGGCGUUGGACGCCAAUUUGGCUGCCAUGGAAUCCAAUUUGCUGCAUUUUACACUGUGGAACUACUGCCCUGAUAAUUGCCACCAAUGGGGCGAUCAAUGGAACGACGAGGAUUUAUCAUUAUAUUCGAAAGACGAUGCGGGGAAUGACUGGGAAGGGGCACGAGCGGGGUUGGCCGCAAUACGACCUCACGCGUUCUUGGUGAGCGGGACGCCGACACGGGUUUCGUACAUCCCACCACCACCUCGCCCAGCAGCUUCCAUAGUAGCAUCGCAAACCCCUUCGUCAUCACGCCCGGCGACAAGACAGUCGUCCGUAAAGAGCACUACGCGAACCGUAUCGAGACAAUCGACAUUCCGGAGCGCGUCCACGGCCACAUCAGCCUUCGAAUUGGACUUUGUCGCGCAACCUUCCAAGAAAGACACCGUGAUCUAUGUCCCACUAAGAGGUCCCUGGGCCGACCGGGGUUGCGUUCGCGUGAUGGUCGAGCCCGCUGAUGCGGCAAACGGAUGGAGAUGGGAUGGCGUCCAUCUGGUUUUGGAGGUUGAUGGAGGAGAGCAAGGAGGUGUGGAGGUACAUGUGCGCCUGGAAGCUGGAGGGAAUGUAGGGUCGAAUACGAAAGUGGAGCCGUCGAAUACCAAAGUGGAGCCGAUUGAGGAAGUAUCACGCUGACGAUCGCAACUGUAUCAUAGACACCAAUGGCAUUUUCUGAAUCUUUCCAAUCCGCACUGCACGAAUUUCAGGGAUUAUUUGUGGGGAUGGAUUCCUCUCAGUAACCUCCUCUUUACGGGGUUUGGGCGAGCCUAUGCAUUAUCUUCGGCGGUCUAGCUCGUACAGUGUGCAUAUAUGGCCAGACAGGCCACUGCUUUUCAUUCUGGAAGUUGAUAGUUUGCCCAGUUGGCUCCUUGCGGGGAGCAGAUGAAGGAGGAACAGCAUAGAAUUCAUUUGCUCAUAAUCAAGUGUCUCGGUAAUGUUCAUUACG